ACGCUCACACACGUCAAGUGAGUAGUGAAUCUUCUUCAGCUGCGGUGGUAUGCUGUAAAAUUGAGUUUUUGUUUUUAAUUUAAAAAAAAUGGUAUAAGGUUUUACAGGUUAUAAAACCAGAAACUAACUUUAAACAGUGUUGUGAUAUAAAUAUUCUGGCGUGUAUGAUACAGAAAUUUUUUAAAAAGUAUUAAUAAUGAAAGGGUGAAUGGCGGUUGCGGGAACGAAUGUCGCGAUCCGAAAAUAUUGUGGUACACUUAACGUUGUAUGUAUUUAGAAGUUGAGUCUAUUGUUUUGUGUGAGCGCUAAACUAGAAUCGAGUAUAUUGUUUAAAUAUUAUAUAUUAUGAAUUCGUAUAUGCGUCAGAGCGCCCACGUCGGUCCUGAUAUGCAUGGCUUUAUUAAAGAUAAACAAUCGUGGGAGAAUGCUAUUGCCAUGUAUCAGGGUCCUGAUCCUUUAGAUCAUUGGUAUAAUUAUAUAUGUUGGUAUGAGAAUCAUGCACUUGGUGACCCAGAAAAAAGAUACCGUGAGACACUUGAGCGUUGCUUAACACUAUUUGAACAUAGUGACUACUACCGACAUGAUCCGCGUAUGAUUCGCUUAUGGCUAAAAUAUAUAACUCUGCAGACAGAUCGAUUGCAUUUCUAUCAGGUGUUGCACCAGAGAAAUGUGGGUAGACAUGAAGCUGCUUUUUAUAUACAUUGGGCUGGAUAUUAUGAAUCAAUAAAUGCGUUUAAAGAAGCGGAAUCUGUAUAUAAUUUAGGAUUUCAAGAAAAAUCUCAGCCCUAUGCAGAGUUACAUCAUGCAUAUAGCAAAUUUUUAUAUGCGAGAAGUUUAGCUGCACAAGCUCCCAAUGCUCAUCAAGUGAAGCCAUCGCAAAUGCAUAUGUCUCAACAUCAACACCAGCAUCAACAUCAGCAUGAGCAUCAGCAUGAGCAUCAGCAUCAACAUCAGCAUCAGCAUCAGCAUCAGCAACAGCACCAACAUCAACAUGAACAUCAACAUGAACACCAGCAUGAACACCAACAUGAACAUCAGCACCAGCAUCCACACCAGCAGCAUGCUCAUGCUCAUUAUCAGCAUACCCAUACGCAGGUACCAAACCAAGCAGACCCACCAUCGGCAACGCCACAUUCACCAGUGCAACCGCAUCAAAUACAGAAUUAUAGACAACAUUUAAAUUAUCAAUCGCAACAAUCACCAAUUCAAAUUCACCAUCAUCCGCAUUUACAUCAGCAUGACAUACAACCUUCAUUACACCAUGAGCAUUUAUAUCAACAUGAAGCCCACCAUCAAAUUCAUCAACAACAACCUGAAAACUAUCAUCAGCCAGUUCAACACCUUCAUCCACAUCAGCAUCAAAACCCACAGCAGCAACACAUACAACAUCAAAUUCCACACCAUCAUGCAGUCCAUCCCCACUAUCCACACAUACAUCAUACCCACCAACAAUCUCUGCCAAAUAUUCAUCAACAUCCACAUCCACAUCAACAUCAACAAGAGCUGCACUCUCACCAGCAUCUUGAACAUAACCAACAUCAAAUACAGCACCAUCAAAUACAACAUCAACACGUUUUAAUUGAAACAAUGGAUCCGACUUCAGCUACUGUAGGACCUAAUUAUAGUGUGCAUCAGGCCGAGCACCAUCUCAAUCCGAAUGUGACAAAUUCUACACAAAUAGAACAACCAUUACUUCCUACGAAUCCACAACCAGUUGAUCAAUUUCAGCAAUAUCAGGAAUCAUACCAAAUACAACAUCUACAUCAACAACAGGAGCAUCAAUACCAGCAACAACAACAACAACACCACCAUCAACAUCAGCUUCAACAACAACAACAACAGCAACAACAACAGCAACAUCAACAACAUCAUCAUCAUCAACAACAACAACAACAACAACAUCAGGAACAAGAACAAACAGUGCAAUCAGAUACAAAUUACAUUGAUUACAAGCUUAAGGAAAUUGAAGGAGUCACUUUACCACAACCAUUUGUAACUUAUUGCCGUAAUAACUAUGAGUGUUGGAAGCCUGAAUUAUAUCUAGAGGAACCAGAAGAUCCAGCGAAACAGUGCCAUUAUGCAAAAGAUCUGGUUUAUCCCGGCGAUGGCGCUGAAUACAGUCCAGAAGAAAUUCGAGCUCGAAAAUAUGAAACACAAAUAAAGCAGUCCAAGUUAAAUGCUUUAACCGCUGACAUUAUUGACAAUGAUUCCUCAAGUUCACAGCAAUAUGAAGAGAUUGGUAAAGUUGUUACUAAUGUGAAGCAAGUUGAGCCACCAUCAUACCUAUUCUACGAUUCUGAAAAUCAAUAUACUCCUAACCAAUUUGUUGCUGUAAAUCCAAAUAUUCAUGACGAACAUCAUAGAAUCGUAUGCGAUCAACAUACUGAAAAUGAGAAGAAAAAUAAUGAAAUAGAGCCCAAAAACUUCGAGAACGAGCAUAGACACACCGAAAUUGAAGAGGAAAAUGUACAAGAGCACUUUAAAAAUGAACAUGAUGGUUUCGAAAGUAGCCAAAAUAACAUUAAAGAAAUCGAAAAAGAUAAUACAUCAAACAUUGCAAACAAAGAAAUCGAACAAACUUUCAUACAUCGCAUAGAGGAGAAUCGUAGGGUUGCAUCCGGGUUAAUAGAUUUAGAAGAUCAAAUUGAAGCCUCAACUAUACGACUUAAUCUUAACCCAACACCGCAAAGUGCGCCAAAAGAGCCCAUAAAACUUAAACUGAAAAAAGAGAGGCUUCAAGAAAAUGAUUCAUUAAACGGUAGCAGUUAUCGUGCUUAUUCUGUUUAUCAGCAAGAAAUAGCGUCCCCCGUCUCACGACAAGAUCAUUCAGUACGUAAAAAUGGUCACUCCUUUCAUCCAUAUUUGCUGGGCCAGACCUCAACACCAAAGACAAGUUCGAAAAGGAACAAAAGUAAACUUAAAAAGGCUAACAAGUACAACAAUAUAAAUGAGUGCAGUAGCAGUAACUCCUCUUCUGCAGAUAACAGUACAACAAAUGGUGCUGCCAAUUUGCAUAAUGAAAAUGUGCAAGUUUGCGACAGCACUGUGAUACAAAAUGCAACUUUCAAUGAUAAUGCAAAUUACUCGUUUUCCAGUGCAGUGGCUUUGGACAACUCAAAUUGUUCAUUGACUUCAGCAGUUGGACGUCUUAACUUCCGUGAUUCAACCAUUGUAAAUAAUAGUGCAGCAGCUGAUUUUUCCACUUUUCAAGAGAAUUCCUAUUUUGCAACGCAACAUGAUGCCGAGGCUAAAGAGAGACGUCUUAACAAAGCUUUAGAAACAAUAGAACGUCACUUAACCAAAAAUACGAUAGAUCCAUUUAGUAGUGAGCUAUGUCGCGCCUUCUUGACGAAACUUGAUUUUCCGACCGCUGACGAUGAAGCACAUUCAAACUAUAAAGUUACACAAACACCGUUACCAAAAGUAACAACCGCACGUGUACUCGCACUUCCGGAUGGCGUUCAAUUCAACGUUGACAAAGAGGUUGGGCGUGGAUCAUACGGUUCUGUAUACAAGGCAACUGAUGCAAAUACGGGUGCAGUAGUAGCUUUGAAGUAUCAAAAACCACCAAACACUUGGGAAAUUUACAUAUGUGAUCAAGUACUAAAACGCAUCAAAUAUUCAAAUAUACUGCCUGGUUUAAUGGAUAUAUCAACAGCGAUUAUUGCUCCCAACGCGAGCAUUAUAGCAACAGAAUUUUCGCCGUUCGGUUCUCUAUUGGAUAUCAACAAUAAAAUUCGGCAAGCAACAACUAAGGUAAUGCAUGAGUCAUUGGUGAUGCACUUCUCUGCCCAAAUAUGCAGUAUAAUUCAUCAUUUGCAUUUAAACAAAAUUAUACACGCCGACAUCAAACCUGACAACUUUUUACUAAUGCGUGUCCCCAGCAUAGACCUGCACUAUCCAUCGCUACGUCUAAUCGAUUUUGGCUGUGCCAUCGAUAUGACAUUGUUUCCGAACAAGGAUAAUACUAAAUUUCGUAAAGUUAUACAGACCGAUGGUUUUACAUGUAUCGAAAUGCAAGAAGGCCGACCAUGGUCCUAUGAAACCGAUCUCUUUUGCAUUGCUGGCACAGUGCAUGUUAUGCUAUUUGGCGAGUAUAUGCAACUACAAAAACGGGGCGGCAUUUGGGAUAUUAAGCAGAAAUUGCCAAGAUAUCUGAAAAAAAAUCUAUGGGCUAAAUUUUAUGGCGACCUUCUCAACAUUAAAUCUGAGCAACUUCCAAAUUUACACGAUAUGCAGCAGUUGUUCAAUGAAGAAGCUCAAAAAAUGGAGUCUGAACUUCAAACCCAAAUACGCACCUUGAAGAAUAUUCUGUAUAAACGAUAACUUAUUUCAUUAAGCGAAAAUCAGUUUUGUUUUCCGUUUUUUUUUGUUUUGUUUUUCAAUUUCAAUUCACAAUUAUUUACUUUUUUCUGUUACAUUUAAAUUUUCAUUUUGAAUCUGAAAUUUGUUUGUUAAUUGAUUAAUGAUUGACAUUUAAAAAAAAUUAUUUUCAUCAACAAUUUAUUAAUCUUUCGAUGCGAUGCAUUUCUGAAGAAUUAAUCUCUAAGAGAUUAUCUUCUGAAGAUUAUUAUAGUUUUAACAGAUGCUUUUUUUUAUUUUUCGAUUUUUGGGAAAUUUUAACUUUGGCACAAGGUUAUUGUGUCAAAGUUAAAGUUUGUAAAGAGUUCUCACCUUACAUUAUAUUAUGAGUCAACAAUAUAUUAUUUAAUUAAUUCGAACAUUUUAUUUUUUAUUGAAAAUAAGCAAACAAAUUUCAGUUUUUCUAUUUGACAAAAAAAGUUUAGAGUUGUGAAUAUUUUGCUCGCUAACAAUGUAACUGUUGAGGGAUGCUAACUUUGUUGAAAAUUUAAUUCCAAUAAAAACAAUAACUCAAAAUGAAAUUAUUUAU